UCAAACAUGGUAAUUUGUACGGGAGCAGCGGUUGCCACGGUAAUAACGGGCGGGGCGGCAGCUGGGCCGAUAGCGGCUGGUAUAGGAUCUGCUGCAGGGUCUAGCGCCGCAGUUGCGGGAACCGGUGCUGCGGUGGGAACGGCUGUCGGUGUUGGAACCGCUGGUGGAGCAAUAGCGGGAGCGGGGGUUGCAGGAACGGCUGCCGGUGCAGGGAUUGGUGCUGUGGCAGGUGGGACGGCGGCAGCGGGAGUUGGCGGCAGCGGAGCCGGGUUAGGAGCUUUGGUAGCCACGGUUGGCACCGGUGGCUGGGGCUUGCUAGCUGUUGGUACCAGUGUGAACUCUGAAGAUGGUCACACAACUUAUGACUGCUGGAAGCCAGUGGUACAUGAUACAUCAACUAAACAAUCAUCUGGAAUGCUACUGAAAGACAUGAUUUGCCAUUCUAACGUUGCCAAAGUAACCAUGACAACGGGCAUCUGUACUGAGCUUCCCAGUAUCGUCAUUGAAAAUAUCUGGAACGAAACGUUCGAGAUUCAGUAUCUGGUGUUACACAACACUGGGAAGAUAGCGUGCCACGCAAAACCCCUUCAUGAAUGAAAAGCCCAGGUUAGAUUAAUUUUAAGAAUAUA